AUGAAGUUCACUUCAUCCUUCCUCUCCCUGGGCCUCACCGCUGUCGCCUUCGCUUCACCAGUCGCAGUGCCAGAAGAGCAUGCUCUUGAGGAACGAACGUUCAAGUUCGGGCGCCCGACCAGCGCCUCAUCAGCCUUUAAGGCGACACCCAUCAUCGGCUGCAUCCUUCCCUUCCAGGCCACAGCCAUUGUCAACGGCUUCAACUACCUCUUGGCCAACCCCAAGGCCUCCAACUUCGAGACAACAGCCAAUGCGCUCCUCUCUAACGACUUCACGGAUACCUCCGACUCAAUCAACCAGCUCGCUGGAAUUCCCGAAGGCAGCGUGACCUUCGCCAGCAAAGCCGACCUCAUCGCCGGCUCCACCGCGCAGCCGCCGCUCAUUCUGGAGACUCUCGAUAUCUUCUGGAGCUGCAACGCCAUCAGCUGGCGAUGGGUCUCGACGUCCGGCGCGGGUAACGAUGUUACGCCGGUGAAGGGCAUCGACAACUUCUACAUCAACCCGCAGGGCCAAAUCAAGUCCACCUAUGCCGAGUUCAACUCUGGCGCUUGGUUGGCGAACUUGGGGUAUCCGGAGUGCAGUGCUUCGAGUGCUUGA